AUGGGCCAGGCAUUAGAACAUUUUCAAAAAACUAUAUGGGAUGAAAAGAACACUUCCAAUGGAGAAGUCUACUCUGACAGGAACAAAACUCCACCUGCUUCUCGUCAUGUUUUGGCGAUGGAUCCGAGAUCCCCUACACAGUCCAUUCCGCGGACACCAAUUGAAGUGGAAGGGGCGUCAGUUUCAAUAGAUUUAAAGAAGAAGUUAGUUCGAAAAGCAAACAAACUAAUAAAUCCGUUUAAAACGGAUAUGGCCGUCCUACCAACUGUUAUCAAUGGACACUCGUUCUCAUAUUCAUUUUUAUGGGGUUCUCGGUUGACUCGGGAACAUCUCGACUGGAUGUUCAGUUUGCGGGAAAGUAACAUGAAGUCUUACGAGGAGUCUGGUAAACGUGAAGAAAGUCCUGCAGCUCGAAAACGUGAAUUUCGUCACUCGUCAUCAAGGUUUGUAAUAGUCAAAAAUUCGGACACCCGUUCUAUAGCCUACUGUCGUUACAGUUUGGAUAUUGAAAGUGGUUUAGCUGUAUUGCGCUGCAGAGACAUUCAGGUUGAGGAAGGCUAUCAGUCUAAAGGCAUUGGCAGUGCUCUCUUGUCGGUCAUCUUUACUUUAGCUAAGAAGAUUUCAAUGGACAAGGUAGCUGUGCAGAUUGCUUUUUCAUACGACAGAGCCCUGAAAUUCUUCCACAAAAACGGCUUGCGAGGUUUGUCAUGUAACGAUUUUCUUGCCCAUGGCCUUAUACAGAAUUAUUACGAAAUUGAUUUACACUAUCUGAAAUACUUUUCUGGAAGGAACAGCAGGUUUAUGCGACACAAAUUAGUUUUGCUAUGUGAGGCAAGGAGUGGUAAUGGAAAAGAAAAGCGGAGAGAACUGAAGACUUGGCUUCCAGAUAAGCUAUUUGGCGUAGGGAGAAGAGCAGGAAAAAGACGGGAUCUUUCCGUCGGUGAUGGACAAGAAGAUGACGAAGUUUGUGGAAGUAAAGAGGAUGCGAACUAUGUUCAAAGGGGACUUAUAGAACUCGCUGAGAGCGUCAUCUUAAGAUCGGCUGAGAACAAAACGGAUGGCACCAUUGAAGAAUGGCUUGUACCUUUAUUCCAGUCUUCUGCACUUCCUCUAGCACCUCCUUGA